UUUUAUACCUUUGCCGGCACGGACAGAGCAAGCAUCUCGGUCGACGGGGGCAUUGCGCUGACCCCUUCACAGCACCGCGAGCUUCUGACCCCGCUCCAGCUGUGAUAAAGCUGCAUAGUCCUACGUCCACGGAAACCAAUCCCGCUCUAUCCGAGCCCUGGAGGGCUGUUUGGGCCGGGCUGGAAGAAUCCCCCAAGGCGUAGGCCGCAGCCGAUCCAUGAUAGCUUGGCGCGAUGGGGCGCCCAGCAGCGGGCCCAUUGGCCGUUGGGACAGAGCUAGCAAAGCCGUACAGUGCUCGUAUCAGCAGGACGCGGCCGCCGGAGUCAGAUUGGCGGGCUGGAGGAGGGGCGGAUGGCGAGAAAGGUGACGGCAGCGGUGCCGGCCAUGGUGAAGGGCGUAAGGCAGCGAGCACUGACAAGCGCGCAAGCGCGCAGAGAAGGCGCCGGGCAAAAGCAGCGACGGCGGAGGCGGUAGGUGCAUGGGUAGCAUGCUGGACGGAGGGCUAAGUGCUGUCAGUGUUGAUGCGUUGGCUCGCCAGCUCG